AUGCAGGAGGAAUCUGAUAAAAAAUGUGAAAAUGGCAUCGAAUCCUCCAUGAACCGACACAACCCAGCAUCAGAGAAAACUCAGGACCUUUCUCAUUUACUGGCAAAUAUAUUCAAAGACCUGUACACGACAGAGGUCAUCGGAAAAGACACCGUUGCCGAUCUCAUCAAAUCAUACAAGAAAGAAAAUGACCACCAUGCCAAAUAUGUGGAGGCACUUCAGCAGGUUAAUUUGGAGUACAGCAGGCGGAUUGAAGAUGCUGACAUGUUGGAGGAGCACAUCAUUCAGGCCCGGCUGAAGGCCAGUGUUACAGAGGAGCAUGUCCAGUCUCAGCUCAUGGUGGAUGUGGCAGAAUCCUACCAUCAGCUUGGCUUACCUCCAGUCAAGUCAGCCUUUACAUGGUGUGUGGACAACAGACUCCUCAAGAGUCACAACCUGAUUUGCCCCCAGGACUACAUAACAGAGCAAGUGCCAUUUGUUAAAGCUCCGCAAGGGAAAUCUGUGCCUGGCUUUGCUCAGCCUACUGUCUCCUACAACAUGCACAUAUCCACAGAGCCUCAGGAUGACGGCUACACACUAAUCCCUGAGCCCAUUACAGCACAGAGUCUGCUGAAUAAGUCAGAGGGGACGCUCACUCUGUGCUCCUCACAGGAGACCUUCUCUAUUAGAAACGAUUCCUCUCAGGAGGUCCACCAGUUGCCUAAACCAUUACGCAAGGAAAAGCUGAAUCCAGAGGACAGUGAAGCUUUGCAGAAGUUUAAGAAGUGCCAAAACUUUCUGCACAAUCCUCACUUCCAGCCCUUGAGUCAUCAACGAGGGGGGAAAUCUCUCAUCAUGCCAGAGAAGAGAGUGCAGAAAGGAGAAAAGAGCAAGAAAGAGAGAAGCAUCCCUGAAGAUCCUGUGCCGAUUUUCAUCGCCAACCCACCUGUAGUCCUGUUCACUGACUACCGAAUUGGAGACGUCUAUGAGACCACAGUGGAACUGAGGAACAUGACCGCCGCCAGCCGUCAUGUGCGUGUCAUCCCACCCACCACUCCACACUUCUCUAUUGGUCUAGGCAGGUUCCCUGGUGAUGGCGGCAUCGUAGCUCCUGGAAUGAGUUGCCAGUACACGGUGCGCUUUGCCCCCGACUCUCUGGCUGAUUAUGAGGACUUCCUGGUGGUCGAGACACAGUCACCAUAUCCUCUGAUUAUUCCAUUGGAGGCCCACAGACCCCCGCCAGUACUCACAUUGCCUGCUGUUCUGGAUGUAGGCUACUGCCUGGUCGGAGGGGUGAAGUACACGAAUGUGGUGUACCGUAACGAUGGUCAUAGUGCUGGAACGUUCUGCAUUAUGCCCAAAAGUCAGUGGCCUGCGUCCAGCCUCAGGUCUGCAGUGAAAUCCUGCUUCGCAGAAGAGCCUCCGUUUGCAGUCGGCCCCUCUCUGUUCCGCAUGCUCCCAGGCCAGGCUGAGGUCAUGCAGGUUGUUUUCUUCCCCACGACUGCUGAAAGCUUCACUCAGAGCUUCACCAUCAUCUGUGACAACUGUCAUGUGAAGGAUUUCUCUAUACAAGGCACGGGUCAGCUGGUCAUGCUGGAGUUGGUGGCAGUAGAGGGUGGUGAGGAUCUGCCUGCACUUGGGGAACUGUGUGACCUGACUGCUGAUCAUUUUAUAAGAUUCGAAUCGACCAACGUGCACUCUGUGCUCCAGAAAAAAGUGAUGAUCAAGAACAAUACGCAUUUGGAGCUGCCGUUCCAGUGGCGGAUCAUGAAGCCUAACUUGCAAUGUCUGCUGCCUGGAGAGAUUCCAGAACCAUCACGCAUCCAGUAUCACGCUGCUACUGGCAACGCCUUCAGCAUCAUUCCAGCGAAUGGCCUGUUGGCUCCUGCACAAGAGCAUGUGUUCCUCCUUACAUACUGUCCAGAGGAGUUGAGGGAUUAUCACAGUGUCUGUCACCUGGUCAUAAUGAACGUCCCGAAUCCGCAGAGUAGUCAUGACAAUAGUCAUACUUCUCAGCAGUCAGACUCGAUUGGUGACGUGGUCUCAAUGGAGCUUGAAGUUAAAGGCUCCACUGAGCCGUACAGGAUCCUGCUGGAGCCGUACGCCCUCUUCAUACCAGGAGAGCACUAUAUACACACCACAAUCCGCAAGGGAUUUAAGAUGUGGAAUUAUAGCAAGUCAGCAAUUUGUUUUCAAUGGGAGUGUAUCAGUGACUGCCACAGUAUUGAGGUCGAGCCGUCAUUAGGGGAAAUAGAAACGAACGAGUGUUUUGAGAUGGAUCUGGUUUUGACUGGAGGUCGACCAGGUUGCUUAACCACCACACUUCAGUGUCAUGUUCAACACCACUCGAACCCUGUAGUCUUGCCCAUAGAGGUCACGUUUAAGGGGCCGGAAUUGUCUAUAAACGUGCCCAGUGUGGAUCUGGGGCUCCUGCAGCUGGGUCAGGAAGUCUGCUCUACUCUCCAGAUUAGCAACAGCAGCCCUUUAGAAGCCCAGUGGAGCCUGGAAGAGCUGCCGACUGACCCUGCAGUCAAUCAGGGACAGGUGAGCACAGAGCCCAGUCAGGGUGUUCUGCCUCCUUCAUCUUCCUGCAGCGUGAACGUACUUUUCCGAGCCAUGUUCCGUCAGAGCUUUGAGUCCGUCCUGCGGUUCGCUGUGCUGAAUGGCACCGGAUGUCACCUGAUUGUUCGAGCAGAGGUCCAGCGUCCUCAGGUGUGUUUGCUGAGCUCUCAGAUGGUGCUGCCUGAUCUGUAUGUAGGGGUUGCACAGAGCGGCAAAGCAACGCUGUUCAACCAAACUCUAGUUCCAGCACGCUUCGUGUGGAGUAAGCUCCAGGGCCCUCAGGCUCAUCUCUGCUCUGCCAGCUUUACUCCGUCCUCUGGCACUCUGGGGCCCAACGAACACAUGGAGAUCAGUGUGUCCUUCACUGCACACACUGAUGAGGAGUUGACUGAAGUGGCAGCUGUGUGUGAGGUGGAAAGGAUGGAGAAACCUGUCGUGCUCAGCUUCUGCUCCAAAGCCAAGGGUCUGAGCGUGUCCUACUCUCUGCCUCAUACAAACAGUGCUACAUCAGAUGUUCCUGAUGAGCAGCCAGUUGUGUUGGACUUCACUGAAGAUGAGCCAGUCCUUAUUGGCAAACCAGUGAAGAGGCAGCUGCUGAUAACCAAUCACACUGCAAUUUCAGUCUCUUUCAUCAUCGAGGCAGAGGUCUUCACUGGACGCCGGUCCAUGGAAUCAGUCCAAACGUCUAAACAUGGAGGUCAUGAUGUGGAAACGCCUCUCUGGGUCAUGCAGUCAGAGAAAAUAGAGGAGAAACGAUACAAAGAAUUUGUGCGUAGACUUCUAGCUCACGGGAAAGGCGUGGCAUUCUUGGUCGAGCCAGAGGAAGGGACACUGGGGCCUUUUGAAACCGUUGGCAUUAACAUCACUGCUCACAGCAACAUGUGGGGCAUUUAUGAAGACCAUCUCAUCUGUAAAGUUGGUGAUCUGGAGCCGACACUGAUUCCAAUGAGAAUGUCUGUCAAAGGAUGUCCUGUAUACUUCCAGAUGAUUGGACCACAGCCUGAGAAUCAGAACCAAGGGCCAGUUAUACGGUUUGGAACUCAUAUUUCUGGAGGAGACACAGUGUCACGGUCUCUCCGUUUGAAUAACACCAGCGCAUACGAUAUCCGUUUGGACUGGCUGACCUACAACAAAGAGACCGAAGACAGGAAGUUAAUAGACUUGGUUGUGGCAUACGGUGACCCUUUUCCUCUCAAAGACGUUGACGGUAAUGAGGUUGUUGGAGGUCCGAACUCCCACAUGGCUUUUUUGCCAAGGUUGGGUCAAAGUCAAACUCCCAGCACAGAAGGAAGCAGCUCCUCUCACAGAAGCAAAUCAGAGACUUCAGAUUUUGAUGAAGAACGGCUUGAGGAAGACGAGCGAGGAGCGCUAGUGACUCAGGCUUCAGCGAGGAAACUGUUUUCUGUGUAUAUCCAGCCGCAUGAAGGAAAUGCUUCAGAUUACCCAUACUGCAUCACUCCACAGCAGAUAGUGGUCCCUGCAGGGGGUAGCAGCACCAUCCAUGUGUCUUUUACCCCUCUCACUCUGUCUGAUCCAGCCGGCAGCCACACAUGCGUGGGUUACGCUCUUGGCUUCAUGUCCCUGGACUUGAAGGUGGCGCCGAGCCUUGUGGGUAAAGUGGUCAGACCUCAGGGUUAUGAGCUGGAACCUCUGCGACUAGACAUGUUGGCAUGUGUUGAACCAGCCAUCCUGACAGUCCAGAUGGAGGAGAAUGAAGGCAGUCUGGAGUUCAGCGCUGCUGCCAGUGAUUUAUUUGAUGGACACACACUCAGACAGGAGUGCGUGACAGUGCGCACGCUGCAACUCAUCAACAGCACCCAGAUUCCUCUGAGCUUCACACUAAACACACAGCGGCCAUUUUCUGUCCUGCAGCGCACACACCAGGCCGGCUCCAACUCUCCAUCACACACACAUCGCCUUGUGGGACACGCUGAGAGACAGCACACACUGCUCCUGCCACCCAAACACAACAUGCAGGUGAAGGUGGCCUUUCACCUUUCAGCAUCCCUCCUGUCCUAUCAGAGUCAGCCGUGCACAGAAGCCCCGCCCACUGUAACACUGCUGUGUAGUGACAAAGGAGAGAGAAGACUGAGAUUUCAGCAGAGUCUUACUAUUCAGUACAGCAACAACUCUGUCCAGAGUGUAGCUCUGUGUGCUCUCUUGGCACUACCCACGCUGCACCUCUCCUGUGAUAUCGUGGACUUCGGCACCUGUUAUGUGGGUCAGACCAGAGUGAAAGAAGUGUACCUCUCCAAUCGUAGUGUCUCCAGCAGUUUCUGGACCACACUGCUAGGUGUAGAUGCUGAAGAAGAGAGUAAAGUAUUCAGAGUCACUCCAGAGCAUGGUGUCUUAAAACCAGUCGAGUUUCCCAGCUCCUUGUCUAGACAAGUGCUAGACAUCAGCUUCACACCGAGUGAUCAGCAGUCAUUCCAGACCACAAUCAUCGUGCAAGGAAUUCUGGGAGAGCCCCGUCUUACGCUACCGAUUCAGGGAAGAGGAUCUUUCGAUGAGAGAUACAUAUCCCAAACAUCUGACACCUGAGAAAAAAAAAAA